UUCGCUCAUUGUAAUUGUUGUUCCUUGAGGACACCAUUCUUACAAUCUUCUCCUUCAGUUUCCCCUGUUUCUUGGCCUAUCAACUUACCUGGUUUUUGAAACCGGUCCUCUUUGCUGGUUAUUCCUUCCAACAAGUGAGAAAAUGGAAUUUGAGGAUCGAUACCGACAAGCUCAGAGGCAUAAAUUCGAUUGCCUUCUCUUCGAUCUUGAUGAUACCCUUUAUCCCCUUAGUUCUGGUCUUUCAAGAGAAUGUGGGAAGAACAUUAAAGAUUACAUGGUGGAAAAGCUUGGGAUAGAAAAGGAAAAAAUUGUUGAACUGUCCAACUUGUUGUAUAAGAACUAUGGGACAACAAUGGCUGGCCUCAGGGCAAUUGGUUAUGAUUUUGACUAUGAUGAAUACCACAGCUAUGUUCAUGGAAGACUUCCUUAUGAAAACCUAAAACCAGAUCCUCAAUUGAGGAAUCUAUUGCUGAGCUUGCCUCUGAGAAAAAUUAUUUUCACAAAUGCAGACAAGGUCCAUGCAGCUAAAGCUUUGAUUAAACUUGGAUUAGAGGACUGUUUUGAAGGGAUUAUAUGCUUUGAGACACUCAAUCCUGCCCAUAAAACCACAGUUUCUGAUGAUGAAGAUGACAUUGAGUUUCUGGGAUCAGCUGUUGUCGCUAGAAGCCCUGAAGUUUUCGACAUAAUCGGUCAUUUUGCCGAGACCAAAGCACCGUGUGGAACUUCAACAUUACCAAAGACACCCAUUGUUUGCAAACCACAAGAAUAUGCCAUAGAGCUUGCCCUCAAGAUUGCCAAACUCAACCCUCAAAGAACAUUGUUCUUCGACGACAGUGUCCGAAACAUCCAAGCAGGGAAACGUGUCGGUCUUCACACGGUGCUGGUGGGGACUUCACAGAGACCUAAAGGAGCAGAUUAUGCAUUGGAAAGCAUUCACAACAUGAAGCAGGCAUUACCGGAGCUCUGGGAGACCGACAUGAAAUCGGAGGUCGGUUACUCCGGACAGGUUACGGUGGAGACAUCUGUGACUGCUUAGAUUAUUAUUCUAUGUUAUUUAUUACUUGUUAAUUAACGUUGUUACGAAGAUGAAAAUCCACCAAUCAUGGUGUGGUCCCAUUGCCUGUAAUUUGUUUCUGAUUAUCCAGAUGUCUGGUU